AUGGUAAAUGGGAGUGAUGUUAUCACAAAUUGGGCACGCGUUUCUCGAAAGAGAAAAGGGUUGGGAAGCAAAAAGAAAGGCACCGUUGUAUUGGAUCAAGGCGAUGAGAAAAAGAAAGAAAAGGUUGAGAAAAAGUGGGAGAGGAUAGUAGAAAGCACAUAUACUAGUGUUGAGGCUUUGCCACUACCCUCCCUAAAGCCUAUAUACACAACAGAUGCAGGAGAAGAAGGUGAUGAUGAUGAGGCUUACCUGAUGAGAUAG